AUGACACAAGAAACAAAAAUGCUACCUUCUUUGUCCACUCUUCUAUCGGGAACCGAGAUUUCGUCUUCUCCCGUGUCACCAAGCUUCGUCAACCCAAGAACAAACUUUCACCUGGACGACCGUGGAACAAUCAAACUGCCCCCACUGAACAUCAGCAUCAGCCGUCCAAGAUCCGUGGAGAGCGCCUUAAGACACACGGUCACAUCGCAGAAUAAAGACUCCAGUGCCUGCAGUGAUGACUUGCUCAAGCACACACAAUCAGACUCUGCUCUCUCGUCUCACUUGACCAGCUCGCAGGAAACGGUCGAUGAGUCACACGAAAUCCUGUCGUUAACCCCUCUAAAUAACGACAGGAGGGAUUAUUCAAUAUCUUCGAAGAAAAAAGAUAUAUUAACACCACUCUCUGCAGCCAGGUCAAUCAUAAUCCCAACUGCCUCCAAGGAAAAAAGACGUGCAUUUGCCUUCAUCACACACUCUCAAGAGACCUUUCCCAAGAAGGAGCCCAAGAUCGAUAACGCCCCAUUAGCCCGUCGAAAGAGAAGAAGAACCUCGUCCCAGGAAUUGUCCAUUCUCCAGGGUGAAUUUGAGAAAUGUCCCGCUCCAUCAAAGGAGAAACGAACUGAAUUGGCUGACUCCUGUCAUAUGACUGAAAAAGCCAUUCAAAUAUGGUUCCAGAACAAAAGACAGGCGGUUAAAAGGCAAAGAGUUGCCACUUCCAAAUCAACCACUAUAACGCAAACGGUAUCGCCGCCAUCUCCACCUCUGGACGUCCAUGCCACGCCCCUAGCAUCUAGAGCCAAGACGGAGAUACUUCGUGAUGAAAGCUCACCUUGCUCUUCCUCUUCUUCGCCUUCGCCAUUGGAAAACACGCCGCUAAGGCCUCAUCAUUCUCUAAAUAGGCGCUCAUCUACGCCAAACACAAAAAGGAGCCAGGCAUUAACCUUCCACCUAAACCCACAAAAGAUGACACUAACGCCGGUGAAAACGUCUCCUAAUAGCAGAGUAAACAAAUUGAUUAACAGUAUAGAUCAUUCCCCAUCUAAAACAAAACGUUCGGUAAGUAACUCUUCCUCUUCCCCUAAGAGGAAAAGAAAAUUCGGGUUCAAGAUCGUCGAUCAGCAACCGUUGAAGGACCUCGAUCCAAACGCGUUCCGUGGUUGA